ACACAGUCUUCUGUUACAAAUCUAGAAAGACAAUCAAAUUUUAACAAUGAAGGUAUUCGUAGCUUUGUUCGCCCUCGUAGCUGUCGCCUCCGCCGAACUGUUGUUGCCCCACACCUACAGCUAUGGAUUCGAAUCCCCCUUGUUGGCUUCUCCCCUUAGCUAUGCCGCAUCACCCCUUGCUUACUCCUCUCCACUUGCCUACUCUGCCCCCUUCGGUUACUCCGCCCCACUUGCCUACGCCGCCCCAGUUGUAGCUGCCCCAGCCAUCCAGUCCGGAUACGUUGCUGCCACUCGUGGAUCCCUCCACACUGCCCCUCUUCCAGAGGGCCCAUUCGCCGCCAGCCACCACAUCAACACCCUUCCAGCCCCAGGAACCAAAUAAAUUUGUAACAGUUGAAAUCCAAAAUAAUAAAAAUUAA